UCACUUUUAGCGUGUUGUUGUUUAUCCUGCCGUCGAUCCCUUUUGACCGGAUCGCGAAUCGAAGUGUUAUUUUCCGAAAUGAAACCCAAGUCGAAAAAAUUACCGAGCCGUAGAGUUAAAAUUGCUGCUGAAAAUGAAAAUGGAACCGAGUGGCGAAAGAUCGGCUUCUCAGCAGUUGUCUUGGUACUGAUGUCAGUUGUGAUUGCCUUUAUUUAUCAAGGAUAUCUUGAGACACGUGUCAUAACUCCUUUCAGCAGUGAUAAGCUUGUUUCAGGAUACGACCAAUCUCUUCAUUGGGGCACAUAUCGACCUGGAGUUUAUUUCGGACUGAAAACAAGAGAAAGCCGACCACUGUCUGUUGGUCUGAUGUGGUUUCAUCCGGAUAAAUUGAGAUCACUGACGGAUAUAAGGCAUAACUGUGAAAUUUCCGAUAACCUGGAUCAAUAUGGUUGGUUGCUUCAUGAUGGAAGAACAUUCGGAUACCAAGAAAUUAAGGAUAAUCCAAUUCUUCUCAAAACAUCGUUUCUUCGUUCAAAAGAUAAUAACAAUUGGAUCUCUAAAAUUGAUAUUUCCAAAGUCAACACCCAUCGAAAGAUAUCUCUGAUAAUGUACGUCGCGUUUGAUUCGAUUGAAGAUGGCUCAGUUACAAUACAAUCUCAAGCAUCGAAAUUUCCGGAGAUACAAACAACAUCUUUCUAUACACCAUCUACCUCUUUUUCGUUUCACAGUACAACUGUUAAUAAACUGGAUGUAAGUUAUGUUUGCUUGGAGACGCAUGGCAUGCAUAAAAUAAAAGAAGCUAUCGCUACGAAAAUUGCAGUUAAAAAUGAUGGACAAAAUAUAAGAUAUUAUUUACUGAAUCAAGCUGCCGAGGGUAACUGCAGUAUAGGCGCCGUUAUGUUUACUUUCAAGGGCUCUGGGAGCAUAUUCAUGAAAAUGUCAAAAAAUAUCGACAGCACCAAAAACAGCAUCAAUCCGGAAUUAUAUGAUACGCAAUUAAAAGAAAGUAUCAACAUGUUUGCCGAUAGAUUUGAAUCGACGUUUUCCUUGAAUGCAAAAGGAUUCAAUCAGACUGAAAUCAAAUUUGCUCAAGCCGCCAUGAGCAAUUUAAUCGGUGGAAUAGGCUAUUUUUACGGAGCAUCCAAAGUGAAGAGUGAGCAUAACAAAGACCCAGUAUCUUAUUGGAAAGCCCCCUUGUAUACUGCUGUUCCUUCGCGGUCCUUUUUUCCUAGAGGAUUCUUAUGGGAUGAAGGUUUCCAUGGUUUGCUCAUAUCAACUUGGGACCUAGAUAUAUCAUUAGAUAUUCUAAUGCACUGGUUUGAUCUAAUGAAUACGGAAGGUUGGAUACCAAGGGAACAAAUUUUAGAUAGUGAGGCAUUAUCAAAAGUCCCAGAUGAAUUUGUUGUUCAAAAUAGCGUGAAUGCCAAUCCCCCAACGUUUUUCUUGUUGUUGAAGUAUUUAUUGAAAACAUACAGAACUGAACUCCUAGAACAAAAAAGGUACACACGUAUGGUCAAACUUUAUCCGCGUAUCCAAACGUGGUAUCAAUGGUUCAAUCGAACACAAUUAGGCACAAUGAAUGGUAGUUAUCGAUGGAGAGGACGGAAUCCGGAAACAUUAGAGAUAAAUCCCAAAACUCUAACGUCAGGAUUAGAUGACUUCCCUCGAGCUUCGCAUCCCGAUGAUCAAGAACGGCACGUUGAUUUAUAUUGUUGGAUGCAGCUGGCGUCUCAUGUUAUGGUUGAAUUUGCUGAUUUCGUAGAAAAAAACAACGAUCACUAUAAAGACACUUAUGACCGUCUCACAAACAUUCAGUUUUUGGAUGAACUGCACCUUUCUGACAAAACAAACUCAUACGCAGAUUAUGGAUUGCACACUGACAAAGUUGCGUUGAGGUACUUAGAUGAUAGAGUAGUUCGCGAAGUCAAAGAAAAACCUGAAUACAACUACAUUUACUCGUCGUACGGAUAUGUUAAUCUUUUUCCUUUUUUGAUGGAACUAAUUCCCGCAGACUCUACGCAACUCUUGACCGUACUGACUAACAUAAGAGAUUCGAACAUUUUAUGGACCGAAUUCGGAAUACGAUCACUGUCUAAAACAUCUCCCUUUUAUAUGAAAAGUAAUACCAAAGAUGAUCCUCCAUAUUGGAGAGGGCAAAUAUGGAUCAAUAUAAAUUAUAUGAUUCUCAGUGCCUUGAAAACGUACUCUCAUAGACAAGGUCCUUACCAAAAGCAAGCAGCAGAAAUAUACAGUGAGCUACGACAAAAUGUCAUUCGAAAUAUGUUUAACCAAUAUCAGGCAACAGGAUACCUUUGGGAAAAUUAUAACGAUAAAACAGGCAAAGGUCGAGGAUGUUAUCCAUUUACAGGGUGGAGUGCUUUAGUUGUUUUAAUAAUGGCUGAAAUAUAUUAGGUGAAUCAUAUCUGUGAUUAUAUGGAGGAAAAAGAAA